AUGAGCAUUGAACCUAAUGGACCACCAGCUUCUUUACGAGAUGUCAAACAUAUUUACCUGAUCUUAUCUGGCAAAGGAGGUGUUGGGAAGAGCUCCGUCACAACUCAGAUUGCGCUAACGUUGGCUGGGCUAGGCAAGAAAGUUGGCGUGUUAGAUAUUGACCUUACCGGCCCUUCGUUGCCCCGAAUGUUUGGGCUCGAAGGCCAAUCCAUAUACCAGUCUGCGGAAGGAUGGAUUCCUGUAACUAAGUAUGAGGGAGAACAAGGAACGCUCAAGGUCAUGUCGCUAGGUUUUCUCUUGGAUGACAGAGGAAAUAGCGUAGUAUGGAGGGGGCCAAAGAAAACAGCAAUGAUCAAACAGUUUACAAAAGAUGUAGCUUGGGGAAAACUAGACUACCUAUUGAUAGAUACCCCACCAGGAACCUCUGAUGAGCACAUUUCUAUAGCUGAAGAACUGAGGUGGGCAAAGCCUGAUGGUGCUAUCAUCGUAACAACGCCGCAAAACGUUGCGACUGCUGAUGUUAGAAAGGAGAUCAACUUUUGUCGGAAAGUUAAUUUCGAUGUCUUAGGCAUCAUCGAGAACAUGUCGGGGUUUGUUUGCCCUCAUUGCGCAGAGUGCACUAAUAUAUUUUCUAAAGGUGGUGGUGAAAGACUGAGUAAGGCCUUGGACAUCGAGUUCCUGGGUAGCGUACCGAUUGAUCCUUCUUUUGUGGAAAUGAUUGAGAAGCAGUCAUUAACCAAUGCAAAUAUCGUGGAUGCCUAUCGAAACCAGGCGCUGUUCGCGAUAUUUCAGCAAAUAAUAAAGGUCGUACAAGAGAAAAAUAUUCCUUCGAGACUUGCAUAG